AUGGAAACAUCACUCGACAGCAUGGAUCACGAACUCGAAGUGCGCCUCAAGGCCUACCGCUUCAUCGCCUAUUCGGCUGUGACGCUCUCGGUCGCCGCCGUCUUUGGAAUAUGCAUCACACUUCCGAUGCUUCACAGCUAUGUCGACGGUGUGAAGCGUCAGGUGGAUCACGAGAUCUCGUUCUGCAAAUUCACGACCAGCGACAUUUUCAGCGAGAUGGGACACAUCAAGAAGGCCACUAAUAAUCAUACGCGCGUCGCCAGACAGACCGGAUACGACGGUGGGGUGUCGGGAUUCGGUGGAUCCAGCGGCGGAACGUGCGACGGAUGCUGCAUGCCCGGCCCGGCUGGACCACCAGGACCGCCGGGAAAGCCGGGAAAGCACGGAAGACCGGGAGCGUGCGGUGACGCCGGGAAUCCGGGACGCCCUGUCGGACUUCCAUGCAAUCCGGUCGUCAUUCCACCAUGCAAACCGUGCCCACCAGGACCGCCGGGAGAGCCAGGAAACGACGGAGCUCCUGGAGCGCCAGGACAGCCAGGACGACCGGGAGUUGGAGGAGGUGUUGGAGCGCCGGGAGCCGCCGGACCAAAAGGACAACCAGGAGCACCGGGACAGCCGGGACGUGACGGACAACCGGGACAGCCGGGACGAAACGGCGAGUCGAGCUCGGAGCCGGGACAGCCGGGAGCCCCAGGACAGCCGGGACCACGCGGACCACCAGGACCAGCCGGACAGCCAGGCGGCCCCGGAGAGCCAGGCGCGCCAGGACAGCCGGGACAGCGCGGAAACGACGGGCAGCCAGGCAACGACGGAAAUCCGGGUGCGCCGGGAGCGCCGGGACAACCGGGAGGCUCCGGCGAGAAGGGAAUCUGUCCAAAAUAUUGCGCCGUCGAUGGAGGCGUCUUCUUCGAGGACGGAACUCGCCGCCGACGCUAA